GCUUCGUCCAUUUUGAAAGUGGUCAGGCGAGUCGAAUGUUAACAAUCUAAAAUUUGCAUUAAGAUUCGGAAAACAGAGCUAAGUAACAUCUGUGUUGUUUUCUGUAACAAUCUUUUCAUGCGGUUUGAUUGUUAGACAUUUGGUUUUGUGAAGAUCAGUUAAUUUGAUUCCAUAAUCUUGCUUCAACCACAAACAGAAAUUUUAAAUUGUUCAGUUAGCCAGCCUACUAACAUCGUUUGAGACAUAAAGUAUAACGUAAUUUGUGGCUGUCUAGGGAGUACAACUUUUAGAGCUCGAAUUUGGCUAGUUUUAAUCAUAUAUCUUUAACUGACCAACAGUAAGGUAAUAAUUGUGAUAGAUUUACGCAGUUGAGGCAAUCAGUUUUUAGUGAAACUCAACAAAGAAGAUUUUUUUUAUAAUCUGGGCUAAUUUCUCAUUGUGUCCACUCUUAACUUGCCAUCAACAGUGGUUUGAAGAUCCAUCAGGCUUGUGCUAGCUUUUUACCAGAUACAGUUUUUUUUGUGUAAAGAAAUGGCUUGUGGAGCAACCUUAAAGCGUUCCCAUGAAUUUGAUUCCUUACAUAGUCCAGGUUCCCCAAAAAGAAGAAAAUAUGUUAUGCCAAUAUCAACACCUCCUGCAAAGCAAACUAAAUCACAAUUUUUUGAUGCAUCACCAAAAUUAACAUCAGAGCAAAUUGCUUCAAGAAUAAGUAUGGAAUUAAAACGAAUGCAUCGUCGCCGUCAACUACAUUAUCAAGGUCAAGACAAUGUUGAAAAUCAGAAUUCACCACAACCCUCAACUUCAGAACAGCCAGCUUGUAUUGGUUUUGACAGUUCAUUACAUUCAAACCAAAACUUUACUUCACCUAAAAAAGAUAUACCGUUAUUCACUUUUAGACAAGUCAGUAUGAUAUGUGAUAGAAUGAUCAAGGACAGAGAGGAGCAAAUUCAGGUCCAAUAUGAUAGUAUCUUAGCAUCCAAAUUAGCAGAACAGUAUGAAGCAUUUUUAAGAUUUAAUCACGAUCAGUUACAAAAAAGAUUUGGUGAUGCCCCAAUGAGUUAUGUGUCUUAAGGAAGGAGGUGGAAGGAAGCCUAUGAGCUUAACAAUGGUAUGAUUGUGUAAAUACAAGAUUGCAAGUUAUACAUAUAUGUGCAUGAAGAAAAAUUAUUAAAUUAUUUUAUUACAAAA